AUGGGUAUGAGAGGAAUAGUUUGUUUAAUGGCUUUUAUUGUUCUGCUUUCCAUUUUUGCAGCAGCAGGUGUAGAAAGAAGCGAGUGGCAGGCACAAGACCUUUUAGUGGCUUAUCUAAUGGACACAGAAGAGAUAAAUCAGGAGAUGGUUGAAUUUUUAUGGUUAAACUGUAGGGUUGAGUUGAUACAUGCCAAGAAAGUUUUAGAAGAUCUUGAAUCAUAUGCCUCAGAAAAGAGAUCGGUUGACAGCAAGAAACUUUCAAAAGAUAGAUUAUCAGGCAAAGCAGAUAUACAUAAAACUGCCAAUUGUUUGCACCCUCAGGUUAAAAAAAUCCUUCUAGAUUGUUUAAGGGAAAGAAAUCUCAUGCUUCCUGUUUGUGGGGAAGAGAAACGCUUUAAAAGUUGGUACACUAGGUAUUUGUUAUUUGCCAGUCCUGAUUCUUCUAGUCGACGUGAACUAAUUCAGAGAAUUGGAGAAGCACCAUCACCGGCCCAUACAGUUUCACCACCUAGUCAAGCUACAUUGAUUCCAACUGCUUCUAAUGCUCCAUUUCCUGCUAAUCCCCCAUGGCUUCCAUUUUUCCUUCCCGACUUGAACGAUUCAAGCUUGCAGAUUAAAACUAGUAAACAUUCUUCUAAAAGUAAAAAAUCUGCUUCAAAAAAGCAGUCGAGCAAGAAAGAGAGCAACAAGAGAACUGUUAUUGCCGCUGUUACAAUUGCUGCAGUCUCACUUGUUGCUGCACUUUUAUGUUUCUGCUGUUGCAGGACUGGCAAUCAACGGGGAAGAAACGAUGAGAAGCCACUUCUCUGCUUAAGCUUAAGUGACCAUUCUAUUGCCUCAUCACGGAAGUCAUUUGAUCUAGCAACUUUAAUGAAAGAAGACCAGCAAGGUAAUCAGUUAUUUCAUGGUUCACUGAACCAGAGUAAGACCAAUGGCAAGUUUUAUGCUGAUUCAGAAAUUAAGAUGCCAUUUGGUACCACUGCUGCAUCUGGCAUCAACUCAGGGAAAGAUUUCGUGCAAAUGCCGCCUGGAAUGUUAGGUAAACCAGGUUGUCCUCCUCUGAAGCCACCCCCUGGAAGGACAAAUCCUCCAAAACCACCUCUAGGCAACACAGCUCCUCCCCCAUCCCCACCUUUACCACCACCAGCACCACCUAUAAAACCUACAUCUAAUGGUCCUCAUCCUCCACCUCCUGGAGCACCUCCUCCACCUCCUAUACCCUCUAGCACAAAAACUGGUCCUCGUCCGCCUCCACCUCCAGGUGGUAUUCCUCCACCUCGACCACCUCUCAUAGGUUUGAAACCACCUCGACGUUCACCUCUUGGACCAAAUCAUGAGUCCACUUCUGCCUCAAGUGACUGGGGAGAUGGUGCGGCUUCCAAGACCAAGCUGAAGCCUUUUUUCUGGGACAAGGUAUCGGCCAACCCUGAUAAUGCAAUGGUUUGGGAUCAGAUCAAAGCUGGGUCAUUCCAGUUCAAUGAGGAGAUGAUAGAGAAUCUAUUUGGAUAUGAUCCUGCUACGAAAGUUGAAAGUAAGGGCAAGAAAGGGUCUUCAUUUCAAGAUUCCCUUCCUCAACACAUUCAAAUAAUUGAUCAAAAAAAGUCACAGAAUCUCUCUAUUUUUCUCAAAGCCUUAAAUGUGACAACGGAAGAAAUUUCUGAUGCACUUCAAGAAGGUAAUGAGCUUCCCGCAGAACUUAUUCAAACUUUGUUAAAGAUGGCACCAACAUCUGAAGAAGAACUAAAGCUGAGACUCUACAGCGGCGAGCUUUCUCGCCUUGGACCUGCAGACCGCUUCCUUAAAGUUUUAGUCGAAAUUCCAUUUGCCUUUAGGAGGCUAGAAACAUUGCUUUUAAUGUGCACUCUUCAGGAGGAGACAUCAACAAUAAAAGAGUCCUUCAAAGUAUUAGAGGUUGCUUGCACAGAACUUCGAAAAAGCAGGCUGUUUCUCAAACUCCUUGAGGCUGUCCUGAAAACAGGAAAUCGCAUGAAUGAUGGAACAUAUCGCGGUGGUGCACAAGCAUUUAAGCUCGAUACACUUUUGAAGUUGGUGGAUGUGAAAGGAAUAGAUGGGAAAACAACACUUCUGCACUUUGUUGUUCUGGAGAUAAUUCGUUCAGAAGGUAUACGAGCUGCCCGAGCAACCAAAGAAAGCCAGAGCUUUUCCAGCAUCAAGACUGACAAUCUGAUGGAGGAUUCUUCACAAGAGUCAGACGAGAAUUUGCGGAGUCUUGGCCUGCAGGUGGUCUCGGGUUUGGGUAAUCAGCUUGAGAAUGUCAAGAAAGCUGCAGGUUUAGAUUCGGAUGGCUUAACAGGAACAGUUUCCAAGCUUGGUCACGCAUUUAUAAAAUCCCGGGACUUCUUAGAUACAGAAAUGAAGGAUGUAGAUGAAGAAAAUGGAUUUCACCGGGCAUUAAAGAGUUUUGUCCAAAAUGUUGAGGCUGAUGUCAUGUUUUUGCUUGAGGAGGAGAAUAGAAUAAUGAGUUUGGUGAAAAGCACAGCAGAUUAUUUCCAUGGAACGGCUGGGAAAGACGAGGGUUUGCGAUUAUUUGUUAUUGUUCGAGAUUUCUUGAUAAUAUUAGAUAAAGUGUGUAAAGAAGUGAAGAAUGCAUCAAGAAAGCCAACUGGGACCACAAGGAAAGAGGAACCUGCACACACGCUUGCACCUCCCUGCAAGACAAUUCCGGCUGAUACUCGUCAACGGCUAUCUUCCGCAAUCAACAAUAAACGAACGGAUAGUUCAAGUUCAGAAGAUGAAUAG